UACCUGAUUCUUGGCAAGUCACUUCAGCUCCCUUAACCUCAAUUUCCUCUCCCAUAUAAUGGGGAUAAAACAGCACCCAAUUCCCAGGGUUGUGGGAGGAUCAAAUAACAUAACAUGCAAAGCACUCCGCAAAACUUAAAUAGAAACACUAGCUAUUAAGUCAUUGGUGAGAUCAAGGUGCUUGCUGAACACUUACCUAAAGUCUUCAUUUUCAUGCUCCCCUCAGACCAUCUGGAAGAAGGGGUGGGGAGAGAAAGAGACCUGACCCUAGGGACAAAGACUUAAUUAGACUUAAUUCCCUUCAGUGCCAACUCAAUAAAGGACUAGUUUUUCAUAAAUCUAAAGAAAAAAGCAGAGAAAACUCAUGAGAUGCAAUCUUUGCAACCAAAAAAUCCUAAUAGUCUCAUAAUCUGAGAGCUGAUUAUUUGAAGAUCUUUUGUUUUAUUAUUUGUUCAGCUUUCUAUGCUUUUAGAGAAUUCCAGGUAUGGGAGAUAAAAGGACUGAGAUGGGAAAUGAUGCUUACUGAACAGAAAGUAAGCUUGUAAGGCUGGAUUGUAGUAGUAAAAGAAAAUCUUUGCUCAGGCCUCUGCCCUCAAUAAUGAAGCAAACUUAGGUAGAGAAAAUCAAUAGGAGUUUAUUACAAAACAAAACAAAAAUGCAGGGCUGGAAACAACGGGGUCACUCAGUACACAAAUUUCAAUAGUAGACUGUGUGGAGGGAGAAUAAAAUGUAAGAAAGCUGGAAAGGUAGGAAAGUGGAGAGCUUUAUGCCAAAAGAUCUUAUAUUUAAUCCUGAAUGUAACAGGAAACCAGUGGGGUUUAUUUACUAGGGAGGUGAGCUAUGUGGAAGUUAGGUUAGAGUGGAGAGAGAAGAGUCAUGGUAGACCAAUUAGAAGGCCAUUCCCAUAAUCCAGAUAAGUGGUGAGAGCUUAAAUUAGAGUGGUGUCUGUGAUAAGUAAAUUUAAAACUGGAGGCUUUCAAGGGGAAAAAAAUGAAAGGAAUGUUUAUAUUAAGAAAAGAUAUUUCAUUCAUAGGUAGUACAGAGUACUGUUUUCCUACGUUACAACAGCAUCAGGACCAAACUAGGAAUCUUUUCAGAACAAGCACCAUGGACUCUAGGCGUGUGAUAGUAUUUCAAUGCACUAUAUCAGAAGACUUGAUUUUGAAUGUAUCUCGUCUCUGAGAAAAGAAAACUCUGUAAUCACGCAGGAGAGUCUGAAAAAGAAAAAGAAAUCUGACCAAUCUGUCAACAGUUGUCCCAAGGCUUUACUGAAUGUCAAUGUCAAAGAAAUGGGCAAGAUUAUCACUUUCUCCACUCCAACCACUAUAGCAAAUAUGGAGGACAUCACUAAGGAGCUGCACUGUCAACUAUGUCAUGACUGGUUUCAUAGGCCUGUGAUGCUGAGCUGUAGCCACAACUUUUGUAAACUAUGCAUUGAGAAGUCAUGGAGGCACCGCCAGAAACCAGAAUGCCCCGAGUGCCUCAUACCAUGUCAAAACAAGAGCUUUAUUCCCAAUAUGGUGCUAGAGAAACUGGUGCUGAGAAUCAAGGAUCUGCCUCUAACCCAACGUCCACCUCAGUGCCAGGAGCAUGGUGAGAACUUGAAGCUAUUCAGUAAGCAGGAAGGGAAGUUGGCUUGCUUCCAGUGUAAGGAUGUUCGACAUUCACAGGAAUUUAUGCAGAUACCCGAAGCUAUUCGUAUCUACGCGGGGAAGAUGACCAUCAACCAAGCUCGGGUGGAAGCGAGCCUAAAAGAAUUGCAGAGGUUAAAAUGCCAGCAAGAGGAGGCAAUCUGUGCUCAUAAGGAAAACAAGCUACAUCUGCAGCAAAACAUCUCCCUGGAGUUUCUAAAGCUGCACCAGUUCCUGCACAACAAAGAGAAGGAACUUUUGGAUGAGCUUCAGGAGACAGGGAAAAAACUGGAUGAUGAGAUGGAAAGGAGCCUGAACCAGCUACAGGAGCAAUGUGUCCUCGCUAAGGAAAUGUUGGUGGACAUCCAAGUGCAAAUGGAACAGCAUAAUCCUUUCGACUUCCUUGCAGACAUUACAGCCUUCUUAGAGAGCUUGGAAAAAGGAAUGGAAGUAUUAACCCCCAAAGACUUCAUUUCCAGGGAACUGAGCCUGGGCAAGUUCAAGGGCCCUAUCCAGUACAUGACAUGGAAAGAAAUGGAAUCCAUCCUUUGUCCAGGCCUUUCUCUGAUAACUCUGGACCCCAAAACAGCACACCCAAAUUUGGUGAUAUCUGAAGAUCGAACCAGUGUGUGGCAUGGUGAUGUUAAGAAGAUGAUUCCUGACAAUCCAGAGCGGUUUGACUCAAGUGUGGCUGUGCUUGGUUUAGAUGCCUUUAACAAAGGAAAAUGGUACUGGGAGGUAGAAGUAGCCAAGAAAACAAAAUGGACAUUGGGAGUGGUCAGAGAGUCAAUCAGUCGGAAGGGCUGUUGUCCUCUGACUCCUACAGAUGGGUUCUGGCUCCUCCGGCUAAGGAACAGUCUUGAACUAAAGGCUCUAGAUGUGCCCUCCUUCAGUAUGGUGCUGAAAUGCAGCCUCAGCAAGGUGGGAAUAUAUUUGGAUUAUGAGGGAGGACAGGUGUCCUUUUAUAAUGCUGAAGACAUGUCUCACAUUUACACCUUCAGCAGUACCUUUACUGAACAACUAUUCCCCUACUUCUGCCCCUGCCUGAAUGAUUCUGGAGAUAACCUAGAGCCACUGAGCAUCAUUCACCCCUUUGGCACAUGCUCAGACAAGCAGUAAUGCUGCUUUGUUGGUUCAGAGCUUUAUUAAAGGUAACUGAUGCAGUUUCUUGGA